UAAUUGGCGUCAAAUCUAAUUCUUGUCGCGAUUCUGUUUGAAAUAGGUUGCCAAGACAUUUCCCCUUCUCUCGUCCUUGGUACUGUACUGUGUGCGCCCCCAGAUAUCAUGUCGUUGAGAGGCACCCGCGAUGACUCCCACGCUGGUGGAAAGAACGCAUGGUACUACGCUGACCCUCCGACGCUCACCGCAAAGCUGGACGAGUACCUAGAAGGCGUCCCAGAUGCCAUUGAUGGCAUCAGCUUGCCAGUCCCUCGAGCAAGAGCCGUUAUUGCGCCCCAUGCGGGUUAUUCUUAUUCUGGCCGUUGUGCUGCCUGGGCGUACAAGUGCCUAAACCUCAGCGCCGCCAGGCGUGUCUUCAUCCUCGGGCCGUCGCAUCAUUACGGUCUACCGGGCUGUGCGUUGACUAGCUUUGCGGAGUACAAAACUCCUUUUGGCAACCUGGUCGUCGACGAGGACAUCGUGGGGGAGUUGUGGGACACUGGCAUGUUCUCCGAAAUCCCAACCUGGGCGGAUGUUGCGGAGCACUCCCUGGAGAUGCACCUCCCAUACCUCUACAAGCGACUAGAGCAAACACAUGGGGGAGACAAGGACAAGUGGCCCACCAUAGUGCCGAUCCUCGUUGGCAGCACCGGUAUGAGGGCAGAAAAAAAGUUCGGCAACAUCCUGCUCCCAUACCUCAAGGACCCGGAGAACGCAUUCAUCAUCUCGUCCGAUUUCUGCCAUUGGGGCCCCAAUUUUGAGUAUUACAAUUACUUCUCUCUGACUGCCGCGCGAGAGAUGGAAAAGAGGGAGAAGGCCGAGGCCGAGGCCGAGGAACGGGAGCGGGCUGAGGGCCCUGACAAGACCAGAUGCGAUAAGAAGACCAAACGGGUCAAGAGAUGCGGGGGGGAGCUUGAACCGGCCCUGGUAUCGUACGGAGUGUUUCCCCGCGAGAAGGAGGACAUGGAGAUCCAUGAGAGCAUCAAGAUGCUGGAUGAUCAGUCGAUUGCCGCAGUCGAGACGGGAAUUCAUGAGAACUUCCUCAGAAACCUGAAGCAGACGGGCAACACAGUCUGUGGACGGCACCCCAUUGGAGUUAUGAUGGCAGCGAUGGAAGCGUUGAACAAGGAGAAUCUAGGAGGGCCCCAGGCAAAGUUCAAGAUGGUCAAGUAUGACCGAAGUGACAGCGAGCUCAAGGAGGCGACUAAGUCAAGUGUGAGCUAUGUGUCUUUCUAUUCUGUCGUUUGAGGAGCAUCGUUGCCAGGGAGGUGAACGAGUCGUGAGAGGCGUUGGAAGGCGUGAUGCUCCAACUGUUGGUAAGGAGUUCGCUGGUGAGAGGGGCUGCUUUUCUGGAAGAGGCGGGAUAUCAGAUAUCACUACAGCUGUACAUUGCCAGAGGUGCCCGGACGGAGUAGACAGCGAGCAUUAGAGCUCGAGUGGUGUAGCUUUUUGAAUGGAUGUCAGAAUACUAUGCAGUACAUAAGUACCCACCGGUGCUGCAGUGGAGGCUAGGAUGAUCGGAGAGCUGAGCUUAAGGUAUUGGCAGUUAGCACACCACGACGAUAUGGUCAAU